AUGGUUAAAGCUAGAGAUCUCGAACGGGCUUUAGGCCGAGCAAUAGGAAAAGCCCUUGGGAGGAGAGAGGCUAGUGACGACGAUAACGAUGCCCCCAACGGCGAAGACCUACCUCAUAUACUCGUAAGCAGCGACAACAAGCGUGUGUUGUUUACAACCGCGGAGGAUUUAAACGAAGAGCAGCAAGAACCACCUAUUGAAGAAAGUGUUACUGAUGUUGAGGGUUUUCCAGGUGGACCCCAUGACACAUUAGUUUUGAGAGAUUUUGAAAAUCACAUUACUCUAAGAGAACAUCCUGAGCUGAAGCUAUCUUCCCAUGGAAGGAAGAUGGCUAUGUUCGGGAGGCCUACUCCAGAGAUUGAAGGCCUUGUGACUGCCAGCGGACUAGGUUCUUUGAUCGAAACUAGUAGUUUCCAUUUGCCCGUCAGAGAGGUGACUAUCACCUUGGAUGGCGUGGCGUCGUUGCUACAUUUGCCUAUCGUAGGGGCGUUCCAUAGCUUCGAGCAACUUCAUGUCGACGACAUUGUCAAUACGUUGGUGGAAUUACUCGAGUGUUGGAUCUACAAAAAUUUCCCGUCUGUUGGUUCUGCCCUAACUACCGAGGAUUAUGACAAAAGGAGACCACGUGCAAGCCGAUGGAUCUCUGGCAAGGCAUUACCCGUGUCAACGUAUCGUAGGCGUCUAGACAGACUGACCCCUGAUGUUGUGUGA